AUGUCUAAAUCCAAUACUCCAGUUUCAACAUCUACUUCCAGUACUACAAACGAAAAUGGGUCGUUCACGUAUGCAGAUGAAAUUAACAAAUUGGAUACGGACCAACUUAUCAAAUUUUUAGAAUCCCAGGACUUAAAGCUUAAAGUGCAUCAUUUCGAUAUUAUUCGUGACCAAGAAUUAACUGGCGAUAAUUUUCUUGAUUAUACCGAACAAAAAUUCCGAGAUUGCGGAUUAAAGUUAGGUCCAGCAUUACGCCUGGCAAAGUUCGCUAAAGAAUGUAAAGAGAAAAAAAGGCACUUGCUCUCUUCGUAUAAGACUCAAAAAGACUUGAAAGAGGUCUUAAUGAAACAUGGAAUAGAUGGUAAUGGUAUAGGUACUAUCCGUCAAUUUCCACCAACAACAUAUCCGCUUAAAGAUGACGAUGAGGAAUUGCAACAAUGCAUAAAGGAAGUUAAGCGUAAGUUGGGAAACAUGGGGACUAUACUUGCUGAUAGCAACGAAGCCAUGAGGUGUGAAUAUAUUUCACCUAUCCUUCACGCAUCACUCUAUAUUGUCAAGAGAAUAACAAAAAAAGAGCUUAGUAUAGCUCCUCAGCUUGAAGUUGGUGAAGAAAACUCCGGUCGUGUAGACUAUGCUAUCAAGGCUCUCGAAGAACUUAUUUGCAUCACAGAAGGGAAGUUGCACCAAGUAGCCAUGGGUUUUGCCCAGAACCUGAUCCAAUGCGAUAGUGCAUUGCAAGUAAACAAGAAAAAACGUAAAGCAGAUGAUGCGUUUGGGGAAUACUUUGAUUAUAUUUAUGGAAUUGUAACGACAG